UCCAAACCUCACCGUGCGCCGCUCCUCCUUUUUUACUCGCCAUCAUAUUCACCCUUGUCGAGGACCUUUCACUCAUUCUGUUCUGUUAUUCUUUUUUUGAUCCCGCGUCUUGCGUGCUACCUCCCUCUCCUUGUACAUCCCUCCCCGUCAUAUUUUCUUUCCCCCAGCCGUCUUUUCCGGUCACCUGUGAGGCAAGAGUUUCCCAGAAAAGGAUCCUCCGUGCUGUCCUAUCUCGAAGCUCGAGAUAAGACCAAAUCUCACAUGGCAUCUUCAUAUCCUGCGCCUCCCAUUUUUCGUUUAUCUCACGCUUCUCUGACGAGUCUUCUCUCUCUUUCCGUCUGAGCCCGUGAUCUCUAUUGCAUCCUGCGUCGUACCUAAGUCCGAGAUCUCUUCAUACCGUGUUACUCUCUCUAGCUACGGAAGAUUUCACUGGAUACUUUGGCCAUUUCAUUUAUUGUUGUCUCAUUUUCUUUUCCUUGUUGUAUUGUCCGUUUGGCUCUUUAUUUUUCUCAAGUAAACCUCCAAGAUGAAGUUCGGUCGCAAUUUACCACGGAAUGUCGUUCCUGAGUGGAGCUCCUCGUACAUAAAGUACAAGGCGUUGAAAAAACUCAUCAAAUCGGCCGCGGAAGAUAAAAAGGCUGGAAAAGAGGCGGAUCUGGCCGGAUUCUUCUACUCCCUUGAUCGAAAUCUCGAGGAUGUCGACUACUUCUACAACAAGAAAUUCUCGGAUUUCUCUCGCCGUUUGAAAUUACUAGAGGAGCGUUAUGGUCAUUCCAUGGAAACGGACCACCGGCUUGAUUCGGAGGAUAUCGAGGACCUUCUGGCUGCCCUGCUCGAAUUGCGUGGUCAACUGCGCAAGCUGCAGUGGUAUGGCGAGGUUAAUCGUCGCGGGUUUAUCAAGAUCACCAAGAAGCUGGACAAGAAGGCCGGCACACAGGCGCAGAAAAGGUAUCUGGAGACCAAAGUCGACCCGGCUCCUUUCGCGUCAAAUACCCGUGUCUUUGAAACCUUGAAGAAGAUCAAUGAUUGGCUAUCUGUGCUUGGAGACCAGAAAGUUGCCGACGAUGCCAGCUCCACCUGUUCCUCCCGCUCUUUGAAGAAGGGACCAACUCGGCCCAAUUUGAAUCUUCCUCCGAGCGUGCUCCAGGCCGUUGAUGAUGCCCUCCGGAAGGAUGAUAUUCACGUUCUGUUGGAGCUGCAGGAGGCAUUGAAAUCUGCAUCGGACGCGAUCGGUGAUACCGUCUACCAGAAAGUCCUCAAGAACCUCUUGCAACGUGCUAUCUUCUAUCGCGCCGGGAGUUGUGUCACCUCGCUGCUUGGCAAGAUCGAUACAUUUGAAGAUGAAGAUGAUAUCAACAAACGUAACUGUAUUCAUCGCCUUGUCAUUUCGAUCGGAAGGGCUCAAACAACAGCCGAUAACGAACAAUCUACAUCUAUGGUUCUUGACUUCCCUCCCGAUGUAUUGAACUACAUCACACCAGCUGCGCCUCCUACCCUGCAAGCUCCGCGCCCUAUCGUGAAGGAGUCAAACCAGCAGCAGCUCAUGGGGCGAGAUGAUCCUGCCGUGUCCCUCCUUCAGCUUUUGUUGGACGAACUCCGGCCCGAGGAUCGGGGUGCUUUGCUUGCCAAGGAUUUAGCUGGCCGCACGCCUCUUCACUAUGCUGCGCAAUAUGGAUUCAGAGUUGUAUGUGAGGUCAUUAUUGAGCACCUCCAAGCCUGGGAUAUGUUCGACGUUAGCGAAGGUAUCGAUGGUCCAUAUUGGCAGGACAAUGAUGGUUGGGCUCCUUUACAUCUAAGCGUGGUCGGUGGUCAUCCCUUGACUACACAAGCCCUCCUCAACGCAGAGAACUGGAAAGGUGUCAGCCAGGAAAAGUCUGCCAUCCGGAAGGGUGUUUUAAGAUCGGGUGCAGUUCUUGCGCUUGCUACCAAGGCAAAUUUUGUUGACAUUGUGCAGCUUCUGGUCGAUGCUGGUGUCGAUAUCAACUAUCAGGAUGAGCAAGGCGAAACUGCACUGCAUGUUGCUGCCCGUUUUGGACACGAUGCCUGCGCCAAGAUCUUACUGCAGGGUACUGGCGAGCAAAAGGCCAAUACCGAACUGGUCGAGAACACUUAUUCUUGGACGCCAUUGUUCAUCGCCAGUGUCGAUGGAUCUCUGGGCGUUGUGGAACUUCUUCUUGAGGCCGGCGCGGAUGCUGCCAGACUCGAUUCCUCCGGUUGGACUGCGAAAGAACAUGCAGCAUUAAGAGGCCAUCUUGACAUUGCGACACGUCUUGCAGAUGCCACCCCGGAGUCUGAGAUCGUUGAUCCAGAGCCCGUAAUUCCUGUUCCUAUCACUUCAUCUUCUCCACCUGUGCAGUCCUCUCUCACUGAACGUCGAUCCGAUACUGCUGCUUCUGGGGGGAGUUCUCGUUCGCGAACUCCUGAGCCUAUUAAGUCUUUUGGACACCGGUAUCUCACCGACGAGGCCAUGAUCCUGGUCAGUCUCGGGUCCAUGGACAUGCGUAAACAUCAGCCAGCUGUGGAACUUGACCGUAUACCCAUGGAGAACGCUCAUUCCACCCAGCUGGACACUGCUCUGUCAGUCGUCGUUUCUGCUAGUGGAGCGCACGGAGAACCUGAAGUUGUCGACCUACCGAUCCAAGAUAAUAUCUCAACCGAACCUAUCGUGUUCCAUACAGCAGACCCUACCAAGGUCCGGCUCUUGUUUGAUUUCAUCCCCACGUACGCCGGAUCGAAAGACAAGAUUGUCGGACGUGGCGUCGCUCUUCUUUCCUCUAUCAAGCCAAAUAUUGGCUCUAAUCGUAUCAGUCUCAAAGGCGACUCGACGGUGCCUGUCGUUGCUGCGAACACUUUAGAGGUUAUCGGCUCGGUCACGUUCAACUUCCUCAUUAUUACACCUUUCAAGCAUCCGAAAAUGUCAAUCACAGGAGAGCAGACUUAUUGGACGAGUAUGAGCGACACUAUGGUCAUCGGCCACCGCGGUCUUGGCAAGAAUUUUGCCAGUCGACGAUCUCUGCAGCUGGGCGAGAAUACUGUCCAGUCGUUCAUUGCAGCCGCAAAUCUGGGCGCAUCUUACGUGGAGUUCGAUGUGCAACUGACCAAGGAUCAUGUUCCUGUCAUUUAUCAUGACUUUCUCGUCAGCGAAACGGGCAUAGACGCCCCAGUUCACACUCUUACUCUGGAGCAGUUUCUCCAGUUGAGCGAGAACCGUCCGCUACAAUCUGCUUCUCCCUUCCAGAGGAGUGAUUCUAAUCGGAAGGACUACUGGAGCGAUGCUAGUGUCAGACAGCGGUCGAUGUCGGUUGGGGGUACGGAAUACGAUCCUUCGGAACUUAACGAAAGGAUCAAGCACACUCGUGAUUUCAAAAAGAAGGGCUUUAAAGGAAACACUCGCGGUAGCCAUAUCCAGGCACCGUUCGCCACUUUGGAAGAAUUGUUUAGGAAACUUCCUGAGUCGGUUGGAUUCAAUAUUGAAAUGAAAUACCCGAUGCUCCAUGAGAGCGAGGAGGAAGAGAUGGACACUUACGCGGUUGAGCUGAAUUCCUUCGUGGAUACUGUCCUGACCAAGGUCUAUGAUCUCGGUAAAGGACGUAACAUGAUCUUUUCCAGCUUCAACCCAGACAUUUGUCUUCUCCUUUCUUUCAAGCAACCUUCCAUCCCCGUGCUUUUCUUGUCGGACGCCGGGACUUCACCUGUCGGUGAUAUCCGUGCCAGCAGUCUGCAGGAAGCGAUUAGGUUUGCAUCCAGAUGGAACCUUCUCGGCGUCGUGUCUGCGGCCGAACCGUUCGUCCUUUGCCCCCGUCUUGUUAGGGUUGUCAAGGAGUCUGGUCUCGUUUGUGUCUCGUACGGAACAUUGAACAAUGACCCCGUAAAUGUCAAGCGCCAAGUUGUUGAGGGCAUUGAUGCUGUCAUCGUCGACUCUGUCCUUGCUAUCCGGAAGGGUCUCACGGAGAGUCGCAACAAGAGGCUCACUCCUGGACCCUCUCCGCUCCCUAAACCGACACCGUCACCGAAUGCGGAGAGUGCCGGGGAGUCAAUGACGAUACCUGCUCUUCAGCAGUUGGAUGAUGGCAACACUGUUCAUAUCAAACCAGAGGCCGUGUUGAAGAGCUUUCCGACGGUCAAAUCUGGUCCGACACUUUGAUCUUGACUUGCUUUUAGAAGUGUUGGCAUUUUGCUUUUCAUAUUGUUCAAUUUUCAGGCCUGUCCCAGCCAGGCGAGCAUUAUUUAUCCCAGUUUCCCUUAUUCUUACUCGUCUUUC